GGUCAUGAGAAUUUCAUUAAUUUUGUGGUCAGUAGUCAGAGCUAGAGGUCAGUAAAAUCUGAAUGAAGAUGUCCACGGCCACAUUGAGCAAAGAAGACGCUUGGGAAGCAUUUAAACAGGUGCUUAAACCUCAAUGUCAGAGCAUCUUUACUCAUGCUGGACUGAAUAUACCAUUUUUUGUUACUCCUGAGAACAUUGCAGAGGCAGCCAGUCUCCCCCUUGACCCUAGUGAUGUGUGGAUAGCUACCUACGCCAAGGCUGGAACAACAUGGACACAAAAUAUCGUGAAACUAAUCCGAAACAAAGGAGAAAAAGAUGGCGUUCAAUUAAUGCUAAGUGUGCCAUGGGCAGAAGCAAACAGUGAUCAAAGCCGUUUCAAAGUCAACCUCUUCACUUUACCGAAACCUCGUGCCUUCAAGAGCCACUUGACGUACGACUUAAUGCCUUGUGGUAAACCAAGCACCACUCCUUGCAAGUACAUCUACGUUGCUCGUAACCCAAAGGAUGUGGCAGUCUCGUAUUUCUUUCACUACAUACGAAUGUCGGUUAGGAAAGACGCUACAUUGGAUUGGGAUAUCUUCUUCCGCAACUUCAUCUAUGGAAACGUUGACUUUGGGGACUUUUUUGAUCAUGUUUUGAGCUGGUGGCCUCACAGAAACGAAGAUAAUGUUCUCUUUCUCAUGUUUGAAGAUAUGAAGAAGGAUCCACGAGCAGCCAUCACUCGUAUUGCAACGUUCAUUGGUGCUGACUUCUCCGAUGAGGUGAUUGAUAAAGUUGUUGCUCAAACAUCUUUUGAUUCAAUGAAAAAGGACGAUACUGCCAAUUAUUCGGCCGUUAGUUUUAUGUUUAACCCUGGUUCAACUCCAUUCAUGAGGAAGGGGGAGGUGGGUGACUGGAGGAACCGCCUGACACCCGAGCAAUCUGCAGAGAUUGACCAACUCUGUGAAGAGAAGCUCAAGGACACUGGACUAGUGUUUGACUUUGGAGACUAGAAUCUUGUUACAAUUCCUUAGAUAUUUAUUAUUUAGUAUACUGUAAUAUAUCUAGAACAAUCUAGCUAGAAUUGGAACUGUAAUUAGUGGUAACAUCUAGAAGUUACUUAGCUUUGUAUAUAAGAAGGUUCUGUACUGUGCUCUGUGUGUGUGUUCUAUUCUACCCUUGCUGCAAUCAAGAAUAUUUAUCUGUGUUAAA